AUGUUCAGCAUGGAGGACAUGUUCAAAUUCCAGAGUGGACAUAUUUUUCUCACUACAACAGGCGAGGAAGCUAAUAAGGGUCAUAUCGUUUCUCGUUGCUAUUUUCGCUCUUCUGUGAUGGUUGAGGCUGGAAUCUGUGCCAUCAGAGCGAUAUCGCCUAUUUCUGUCAAGAAAAGUAUGAAAUUCGACAUCUCAUUGAGGAAAUACUCUGAAAAAUUCGGAAACAUUCGCGCACUUGCUCUCGAAGCUCUUGCCUAA